AUGUUAAAGUUUUAAGAAUUUGUUGUAUCAGUUGAUCUGGACUGCUGCCUUCUAGUCCUAAAAAUUGGGUAUUUAUGACCUCAAGUGAUUUCAGCAAAUCCUUCCAUUAACUGGUGUCCCAGUUUCGAUGUGUUGCUGGAAGCUGGAGCUUCUCCUGGUGCUGAGGAGUAUUGCCCGAGGUUUUUCAGCAUUUCUAAAUUUCAUUUAGAAAGUAAGACAACACAGACUUAGCCAAGGGACAAGCUAGCUUGCCCUGAAGAAGCUUAAGAGAAAGUGGCGAUCCACACGUGUGGGAAAGGAUAACAAAAUUCCCAGGAGUUGACAGGGGGCUUUCACAGGUGCUGUCAUUCCCAGGAAGCUUAGCCAGUCAUAUUCCAGAGAGGCAACUUGGAGGUUCUGAUAGAUAAGCUCAGUCACUUACCUGCCUGAUAAGCACUGGCAUAAAUUGAUCCUGAACUUCUUAUCCCUCCAACACAAAUAACAGUUCCUAACUUGCAGAACUUGAAGCGUGCUUUGGAAAAGAACCGAGCUUCAUGGCAGGAACCAAGUUGCUGAUGCAUGGUCACGGAGGCUACGACUCUGAUUUCAGUGAUGAUGAACACUGUGGGGAAUCUAGGAAAAGGAAAAAAAGGACGGUUGAAGACGAUUUACUGCUCAAAAAGCCAUUUCAGAAAGAAAAACAUGGAAAAGUGGUCCAUAAGCAAGUUGCAGCAGAGUUGCUGGAUAGGGAAGAAGCGAAAAAUAGAAGGUUUCAUCUCAUAGCUAUGGAUGCUUACCAAAGGCACACAAAGUUUGUGAAUGACUAUAUUUUAUACUAUGGUGGCAAAAAGGAAGACUUCAGGCGUUUGGGGGAAAAUGACAAGACAGAUUUGGAUGUUAUACGAGAAAACCAUAGAUUCCUGUGGAACGAAGAGGAUGAAAUGGACAUGACUUGGGAGAAGAGACUUGCAAAGAAAUACUAUGAUAAAUUAUUCAAGGAAUACUGCAUAGCAGAUCUCAGUAGAUACAAAGAAAAUAAGUUUGGAUUUAGAUGGCGAGUAGAAAAAGAAGUAAUUUCAGGAAAAGGUCAGUUUUUCUGUGGAAAUAAAUAUUGUGAUGAAAAAGAAGGUUUGAAGAGCUGGGAAGUUAAUUUUGGUUAUGUUGAACAUGGUGAAAAGAAAAACGCACUUGUUAAAUUAAGAGGAAAGAAAUCAAGUCAAAAAAAAGGAAGGAUAAAACCAAAAAAGGUUGUCAUGAGUCAUCAUAUAAAAAAUCCAAAUUAUCCUCCACAGAGGAGACCUCCAAGAAGAAGGCUAAAGGACACUCAUCUUCAGAGAGAGAAGAAUCUGGAAACACAAGCUCCGAUGAGGAAGAAAGUGCUUCAGAAUCAGCCAAUCUAUGGAAGGGGCCGCUACCAGAAACAGAUGAGAAAUCCCAGGAAGAAGAAUUUGAUGAGUAUUUUCAGGAUUUGUUUCUGUGAGACGGGAGAAAGAAGCCUGCCUCCGUUAAUGUGGAAGGACACUGGAACUUCAUACAAGUUCUACAGGUCGCAACUGGAGUGGUUUAUCUUUGGAAAUAAAAAUACAUCUAUUCUUGCCAUGUGAGCUGCUUUAAAGUGUGUUAGUUCCAUGCUUUUCUCUGUCCUUUAUAUGAAGUGACUUCAAAAAAUUCAUGGAAAAAUGGAAUUCAGGGUAAGUUUACUUUGGUGCAGACCGUUUUGAAAUCCAUGCAUAUUCUUUCAGAGUAUGAGUUUCCAUGAACUGUUUGAAGACUUCAGUUGCUUAUACACAACUCUGUCAUCUGUAAUUCCUUGAGCACCUGUUAACUCUUUGAUCUAAUAGUUAUAGUGACAUUUAAAUAUGAACUUAUUGGUAUUAAAUUGCAAAAUUGAG